AACGUCCGGGUACAUCUCACCCUCCCCUGAGCCCUCACCUGCAGUCACUCCAGCUUCUCCCCCCGCCACCCACCCCACGUUCACCAGGCUUUGACCCGCUGCAGCAUGACUUCCGAAAUCCACCGAGACGCCGCGGAGGAGCUGGAGCAGCCGAAGAGCACCGAGGCCGUCGUCGUUGCGGGGAGAGACGGGGUGUUUCGCUCGAUGCUGCGAGGCCUCUUGUGGCCCUUCGGCCUCUUGGUGCGUGCAUACCGCGGGUUUUGGUGGGCGCUGGGCUUCCGUCGGCCGGCGGAGAGCGUAGUCGUCGUCGUCGCCGCCGCGGCGGCCCCCCCCGCGGCCUCCAGCCCCGCACGACAGAACCUCGCCGGCCGCAAGCGUCUGCGCCGGGCCACCCGCGUGCUGCUGUCCGUGCUGCCCCGCUGGGUGCAGGGCGCACUGGGCUACCCGGUGUCCAGCAGCAUCGGCUGCUCCCUCUCACCAGAAAUCCGUUCCUCUCCUACUAAACCUUGUGGAAAGGGCAGCAAGCGAAAGCAGGAUGAGUUGUACGACGACGAUGACGACGAUGAGGAAGAGGAGAACCAGACUUGGGUGGAGGCGCUCAAUCUGGAGUACGCCGAAGAUGACGACGCUGAGGAAGAUCCCAACUAUGAGCCCAGCACAGCAGAGACCGAGAGUGAGGAGUACUGCUCGCACAACAGCACGGAGAGCGACAUUGAGGUUGAGGGGAGGAGCGUCGUCAUUGAAGACGUGGACACGGGCAUCGAGAUCUGCGAACCGUCGGAAGGCUCAAACCCUGCUGCUGUGUCAUAGUGACUAAAUGUUGUAUUUCAAUGUUUUUGUGCCGUUUAUAUAUUCAAUAAAACUUGUCAUGACAUAGCUGUGGCCUCCCACUAGAUGGCAGUAACCGUUUUUCUAUUCCACCACUGAGGGGACGUGUGUGAAUUUUUUUUGU